AUGGACACGCCCAAAUCUUAUUAUCUCUACAACCCCUCCGAGACGUUGGCAGGAGUUGUCGCAGGUCUUUAUGGAGUGAGCUUUUGCAUCACGCUCUGGCAAAUCAUUCGGAAGAAGGCCUGGGUAUGGCUCUUCAUGUUGCUUGCUAUUGCGAAAAAGGGACCUUACGUGGUUCAGUUCACACUUGUGAUUUUACCUCCAGUUUUGAUGGCCGGUGUCAUCUACGUUAUCUUCGCUAGAGUCGUCUUCUGGGUUGUUCCUCCAGAGUCGAGAACUCUUCGCUUUCUCUGGGUGCCUGUUUACGACGCAGCUCGCUUCAUCACUCUCCUCUUUGUUGGCUUCGAUAUCAUCUCGCUCCUCCUCCAACUUGUCGCGGCAGUUCUCAUUGCGGGCACCGACCCAACCGAUCCUGAUGCGAAGAGUAAACUCAACCUGGGCAAGACACUUGGUAUUGUCGGUGUGAGCACUCAAAUUGCUGGCUUCGGUCUUUUCACUGUUUCCGCCAUCCGAUUCCACUUCGCUGCGAGACGACUUAGCCCCGACUUUGCCAAAGAUAAUCAGGAGAAGCAUGGUAUUGUGAAGAAAUGGCAGACCCUACUCAUUGUGGUUAAUGUCUCGUGCCUCCUCAUUCUCGUCCGUUCAAUCUAUCGUGAGAUUGACUUUGCUGGCGGCAAGGAUGGCACUACCCACCAAAAGGAGUGGUAUUUAUAUGUUUUCGACACUCUUACCAUCUUGCUCGUCGUCUUCCUCUACAAUGUCUUCUUUCCAGGCGGCUAUCUCAAGCAUCUUGGUUUCAAAGUGCCCAAACACCAAGGCGCGGUUCUGGACACGGAGGCUGCCGACAAGCAGGUCUCAACGACUGCGGAGUCUGUAUGA